UAAGAUUAGAGAGAGAGAGUGUGUGUUUGACAGAGAGAGAAAGAGAGAAGUGGCGAGAGGGAAAAGUUUCAUUUCUGAGAAAGAAAAAAAAAGAACUAGAGAAAAAAAAAGGAAAAUAGAAUUAGGGUUUGGUUAAGAACUGAUUCUUGAUAUUCGAUCCACUAAAGCACCAGGUUAUUUGUCUAUGCUUCUGAAGAUUCCUUAAGCUCAAGUAACUACUUCUACUACUACUAAAUCACUCACACACCUACUUGAUUUGGUCCUGGUUUGGUUCAUUUUCAGCUUUAAUGGCGUUAAUAAUGAAUUUGGUGCAUCCUCAAAGGUGUUACAGCAUGGAACUAUGUGCAGUUUAUGCUGUCUAGAGAUUAAGUGGACCAAUGGAGUAUUUCCGGGUCUACAUUCGUUUUAAAGGUUAUUCGUGCAACAUGUUCUUAAUCUUUGUAAUUUGGUUAUCUAGUUUUGAGAAUGUAACAGCACUCCAAACUUCACUUAAAGCCACUUUGGAAAUUUCUUCUGCAAAUAGUAUUCCUGACCCUCCCAGCAGCGGAGUCUUUGAACCCAUAGAAAUAUCACCAGCAGUAAUUCCACGUUAUCCAUUCCCUGGAGAAUCUUUGCCACCUAUGUACCCUUCCUUUCCAACAACAUAUGAACCAGUCUUAACUGGGAAAUGCCCUGUAAAAUUUUCCGCCAUUUCAGAUGUCAUGGACAAAACUGCAUCUGAUUGUUCGGCACCCUUGGCAUCAGUGGUGGGGAAUGUGAUAUGUUGUCCCCAGGUUAAUAGUUUACUCCAUAUCUUCCAAGGACACUAUAACAGUGACUCUGAUCAGCUAGUCCUGCAAAAAGCAGUGGCCGAUGAAUGUUUUUCAGAUAUUAUUAGUAUAUUAUCUAGCAGAGGAGCGAACAAGACGAUUCCUGCACUUUGUUCAGUAAAAUCUUCAAACCUUACAGGGGGAUCUUGUCCUGUGAAAGACACGGUCACCUUAGAGAAAAUGAUUAAUACAAGUAAGUUACUGGAUGCCUGCAGCUCUGUUGAUCCUCUUAAAGAGUGCUGCAGACCUGUAUGCCAACCUGCUAUUGUGGAGGCUGCAGUUCAAAUCUCUUCAACGGUGUCAGCCAACCUUGUUAAUGCAAACAUAGCUGGGGAUCCUGCUGGAUUAGAUGUUCUUGGUGAUUGUAAAGGGGUAGUUUCUUCGUGGCUUUCCAGAAAACUCUCAGUAGAUGAUGCCAACACUGCAUUUAGGAUACUCUCUGCAUGCAAGGUUAACAAAGCUUGUCCUUUGGAUUUCAAGCAACCAUCAGCUGUAAUCUCAGCAUGCCGUGACUUGGCUGGUCCGAAUCCUUCCUGUUGCAGCUCAUUGAAUACUUACAUUGCUGGGAUACAAAAGCAGAUGCUAAUUACAAAUAGACAAGCCAUACAUUGUGCAGCAUCGUUUGGGGCCAUGUUACAGAAAGGUGGUGUCAUGACAAAUAUCUAUGAGCUUUGUGAUGUGGACUUAAAAGACUUCAGUCUUCAGGCUUAUGGACAAGAAGGUUGUCUGCUUCGAAGUUUGCCUGCAGAUGCUGUAUUUGACAAUUCGUCCGGCUUCAGUUUCACAUGUGAUUUGAGUGAUAAUAUUGCUGCACCAUGGCCUUCAUCCUCCUCAAUUUCAUCACUGUCCCUGUGCGCCCCAGAGAUGUCAUUGCCUGCUCUUCCAUCACUGCACAAAUCAGGAAAUGCUGGCUACCAUAUCGGCGAAAGAAUCAGGAAACUUGUACCAGUUUUUUCUGUUUUAGUUCUAUUUAGUAGUGUAGUGUAGUGUAGUGAGAGGAGUAGAUGAGUGUUCGGAAUUCUCAUGUAUAGUAGCUUUUGUUGAGGGUUUUUUUCUUCUUAAUGUCCUUCUUUUCUUUUUUCUUCUUCUUUUUCUUUCUUUAUAUUAGAUAUCGAGGCCGCGUUCUCUGAAUAUAGGUUAGAAUGAUCAAAUUGAGUCAAGUUCGACUCCUGCAAAUUAGGUUUAUUUUAUGUGGCUAAUUUCAUGAAGCUCCAGAAGAGAACGACUCCUUCUCUAAACUCUAAAGAGGCAAAGGAACAAAAGUGGAUUGGCUGUUUCUCAAUAUUCACUGUAUUAGUAUUAUCAGAUGUGGUACAUGCAGUCUUAAGGUAUCUUACACAUAAAUGGUACUCAGUGGAAAGUGUAUCCAAUAGUCUGAUUUUGAAAUGCACAUAAUAUUUAAUGUAGUUUUUGGACAUUGCACACUACUACUAGAACUAGAAGGUGAUAAAACAUAAAAUGUAUGUUAAAGUUUCCAAUGUAAGCUAUCUUCGAAAGGAUGAUCUGAUUCUUCUGGUUUUGAUGGGAGAGCAGUAAGCCGAGAGCACCAGUUGCAACACUUGAGGAAGAGCCACUUCAUCCUGCAACACUCGAGGAAGAGCCACUUCAUCCUACAUUUUUGUGAAACUUAGAACAGUAAGAAAACUUGUGAUUUCUUUUAUUUUUAAAAGCCAAUACCCUAAUAUGAACCAAGAAGCUCUCUGUUUUCUUUUAAA